UGGCUGAAGAGAGUUCCUCUGUCCAUAAAUUUGGCACAGAAGAUGGAUUUUUGAAAGAAGCUUUUAAUAUCCUAAUGCAGGAAGCAGUACAGAAGGGCACUGAUAGAAGCAAUAAGGUGUGUGAGUGGAUGGAGCCAGAGGAACUACUGAGAACUCUAGACUUCAAACUUCGCACUAGUGGGGAGUGCCAGGAGACAUUGCUAGGUUACUGUAGAGACAUCAUUAGGCUCAGUGUCAAAACAGGGCAUCCACGCUUCUUCAAUCAACUCUUUUCUGGUUUAGAUCGACAUGCUCUGACUGGUAGAAUUCUGACAGAGGCAUUGAACACCAGCCAAUACACCUAUGAGGUUGCGCCUGUUUUUGUUCUGAUGGAAGAGGAAGUACUCACAACCCUAUGGCAUUUUAUUGGCUGGAAAACAGGAGAUGGAAUAUUCUGCCCAGGAGGUUCCCUCUCAAAUAUGUAUGCAAUGAACGUAGCCCGAUAUUCAAAAUUUCCAUAUUGCAAAGAAAAGGGACUCGGCGCACUUCCAAGGCUGGUGGUUUUCACAUCACAGGAGAGUCAUUAUUCUGUCCAGAAGGGUGCAGCAUUCCUAGGCAUUGGAACAGAUAACGUUAUCCUUGUGAAAACAACUGACAGGGGGAAAAUGAUGCCUGAAGAUUUAGAGGAAAAGAUAAUGGAAUCAAAGUCCAAGGGUUCUGUCCCUUUCCUGGUUAGUACAACUUGUGGGACGACAGUUCUCGGAGCAUUUGACCCCCUACAUGAGAUUGCUGAUGUGUGUGAGCAGCAUGGACUGUGGUUACAUGUAGAUGCUGCAUUGGGAGGCAGUGCCCUUCUGUCAAAAAAGCACAAACAUCUCCUGAAUGGCAUUGAAAGGGCCAAUUCGGUUACUUGGAAUCCUCAUAAGAUGCUUGGUGCUGGCUUGCAGUGCUCUGCUUUUCUCCUGCGGGACACCACAGGCUUACUGGAAAAAUGCCACGCAGCUAACGCUACCUACCUCUUUCAAAACGACAAAUUUUAUGACAUAAAAUAUGAUACAGGAGACAAAUCAAUCCAAUGUGGGCGUAGGGUGGAUUGUUUAAAGCUGUGGCUAAUGUGGAAGGCACUUGGGACUGAGGGACUGGAGAAAAGAGUGGACAAGGCAAUCGAAAAUACCAGCUAUUUAGUAGAAGAAAUUAAGAAGAGAGAGGGAUUUCUUCUAGUGAUGCAGCCGGAGUUUGUAAACCUAUGUUUUUGGUAUGUGCCAACCAGUCUGCAAGGAAAAUACUCUUCACCUGAUUUUUGGGACAGACUUGGAAAGGUAGCUCCAAUCAUAAAGGAGAGAAUGAUUAAAGAAGGAUCUAUGAUGGUAGGAUAUCAGCCUCAUGGAAACAGGGUGAAUUUCUUUCGGCUGGUGGUGAUCAAUCCUGAAGUGAAAAGGGAAGAUCUGGACUUCUUUCUGAAUGAAAUAGAGAGAUUGGGAGAGAACUUGUAA